AUGGUGGUGAAAGCCGUACACUUGGAAGUGGUGAGUGAUCUUACUACCGACGGAUUCCUCGCUGCCUUACGACGUUUUAUAUCAAGACGCGGCAUUCCAACUCAUAUUCACUCCGACAAUGGAACCAACUUUGUCGGAGCGAAUAAUCAGUUAAAAGAAUUAUAUGGUCUCUUUAAUUCUAAUGAACAUAAAAAUAAGAUAAAUCAAUUUUCGUUGGAACAUCGAGUCACGUGGCAUUUCAUACCUCCUAUUGCACCGCAUUUUGGCGGACUGUGGGAGUCGGCGGUAAAGAUGUUCAAACACCAUUUCAAACGCGUCAUUGGUGAACUUCUAUUCACUUUCGAAGAAUUUAACACUUUUACCAUAGAAAUUGAAGGAAUAUUAAACUCGCGACCUAUUUCUGCGCUAUCUUCCGAUCCUAAUGACCUUUCCGCUCUUACACCUGCGCAUUUUUUGAUCGGUAAACCAUUGAAUAGUCUACCUGAGCUCGAUCUCUCAUCUGUCCCAGCAAACCGAUUAUCCGCCUGA